CGCGCGGGUUCGUCUUCCCCCCGGCAGGAGCUGCCGCCGAGGCGCCGCCUCCGCCCCGGGGCCCCGGCUUCCAGCCCGGCUCGCCGGACAUGGAGCUCCGCGCGGCGGAUCGAGAGGCUCCGGCGUCCCCCGAUCUGCCUGCUUGGUGCCGAGCUGACAUCCCUUCCCAGCCCGAGCCCUGGGGACAGCAGCUCCAGGACUGCUGAGGGCCCGUGGCAGCAUGAAGGCUCAGGGUCGCCUCCUGCUCCUUGUCCUGUGCUCCUUGGUCGUCUCUGCCAUCUACAUCCUCCUCUGCUGCUUGUCCUGCCUGCCCCCAUGCCGGGCCACCUGCCUGGACCACCACCUCCCUGUGGACUCCAGCCCCACCGCGCCGGGGCCCCUGCACUUCAGGGGGUACAGCAGUGUGCCUGAUGGGAAGCCGCUGGUCCGAGAGCCGUGCCACAGCUGUGCCGUGGUGUCCAGCUCCGGCCAGAUGCUGGGCUCCGGCCUGGGUGCCCAGAUCGAUGGUGCCGAGUGCGUCCUUCGCAUGAACCAGGCACCCACCAUGGGCUUCGAGGCGGAUGUGGGCCGGCGCAGCACCCUGCGUGUGAUCUCGCACACCAGUGUCCCGCUGCUGCUGCGUAACUACUCGCACUACUUCCAGCAGGCCCGAGACACGCUGUACAUGGUGUGGGGCCAGGGCAGGCACAUGGACCGUUCACUGGGUGGCCGUACCUACCGCACGCUGCUGCACCUCACACAGAUGUACCCGGGGCUGCAGGUCUACACCUUCACUGAGCGCAUGAUGGCCCACUGCGACCAGAUCUUCCAGGACGAGACCGGCAAGAACCGGAGGCAGUCCGGGGCAUUUCUCAGCACCGGCUGGUUCACCAUGAUCCUGGCCCUGGAGCUGUGUGAGGAGAUCGUGGUCUAUGGGAUGGUCAGCGACAGCUACUGCAGGGAGCGGAGCCACCCCUCAGUGCCUUACCACUACUUCGAGAAGGGCCGGUUGGACGAGUGCCAGAUGUACCUGGCCCAUGAGCGGGCGCCUCGGAGUGCCCAUCGCUUCAUCACAGAGAAGGCCGUGUUCUCGCGCUGGGCCAAGAAGAGGCCAAUCGUGUUCGCCCACCCAUCCUGGAGGGCCGAGUAGCCGCCGUCUGACACCUGCCAGCCACCAGACUUCCACCUGGCCUGCAUCUCAUCCCAGGCCACCACACUCCACCAAGAGCAUUUAAUUUAUGGCUCUGCCUCCUGCCACAUGCCGGGUGGACCUCGGGCUCCUUCCUGCCCCACCCUGGGGACACCCGGAGCCAUCUCCAGCCUUAUGCGUUGAGGAGGACUGGAGGGGCUUCUUCUCCACUCCAACUCCCUGAGAAAUCAUGUCUUGAUUUGGGGGUUCAGCCCACCCACCACCAGGUCUCUCAAGUGGCCUUUGCCCCUGGGGCCAGUGGCCCCACACACCAGCAUCAUAACCUGUGCCAGUCCCUGUCCACCCCCUACCCAUUCCAGCUGUCUCUGGUGCCAACUUUUCAGGCAGGGGCUCUGGCCAGCGUAGCCAGGAUCCUGGGGUUUGUGGGGCUGGGGGGCCUCAGAGCGUGGGCACCACGGCAGUCUCCGGAGCGUACGGGUAAAAGCGUUUUCUGGACACUG